CAUCAACAAGUUGGAGUUGAUUUGUUCUCUUCUAAUUUGCAACAAAAAUAAUACGUUUUUUCAUAUCGAAUUUGCAUUUUAAGCAGCGGACCAAAGCAGUGCAAGUGAAUUGCAUCAUACGACAAGUUUUAAAAAUAUUUUCCUCUCAACCUUCCCGUCUAACGUACAUUUGAACCUGAGCUGCCUUGUGUGGUGUGACCCAUUCGUUGUUUGUUGUGUCCAGAGUUGGGAAAACAGCAUGAUUUGUUGUUAGAUGAUUUAUUGCAAGAAUAGAAAGACGUUCCCGUUGUUUAACUAGUUUACGUAUUUGCCAAGCAAACCCUCCUGUGUGGUAAUUUAAGGAAGUUUAAUACACCGGUCACAUUACAUAACAUGGGAGGCGGAACGUCCAGGACAGAGCCUCCACCGACAGGCCGAAGAGAUCCGGAUUUUACCCGGUUCAAGGCGCGAGUCGAUCGAGUGUACAUAGGAGGCCUAAAUCGAACGCACGACGACUACGUACAGCGUGCUGCACGUCACCUGUUCAAAGCUCAGAACUUUCAGGACGUUAUCGUAGAAACGGCAAACGUCAAGGAUGAUCUGUUGCGAUUAGGUAUCUACAAGAACUUGCGCAUCUCGAUCGAUACCAGCAAAGGUGAUGGAGCGAGUCAAAACGGCUACACGGUUUCGUUUGCGGGCGAGGAACUUUCCCGGAUAACUGGAAACGUUGGUGUUGAAGUUGGCCAAAACGAUGGAGCAGCUACGACCGAACUGGUCACACCGAACUUGUUCGGACGCGGCGAACGGUUAAGCAUCAAUUUAAGCCGCAGCUAUGUGCGCAACAGUGUGGUGAAUAUGAAGUUCACCAAACCCUUUCUGCAUACGGCCGUAGGCGAUUACGAACCAGAAACCUCCAUUACCUUGUUCCGGAAUGCGUCACCUCAUACUUGGUCCAAGUAUCGUCUCGAAGACCAGGGCAUGCUGUUAGAUUUUUCCUUCGCUAUACCGUCGCUUGGAUUUAGCAACAGUCUCCAGUACGAGCUGGGCAUGAAGGAGCUGUUUGCGCUCGACAAACAGACACCGUUCUUCGUGCGCGAACAUUGCGGACCCCGGCUCGUGUCCACCUUCCGCUACAUUGGCCAGUACGACGGACGGGACGAUAGCGUGUUUCCAUCGAACGGUGUGUACGUGAAGGGAACGGCCGAACUGAUCGGCAGUCAACUGUCCCAGCUCGGUAUCGUUCGGAAUGAGAUGCAUGCGGAGCUGAACGUGCCACUGUUUCUGGGUGCCUCGUUACAACUGUGCGGCCGGCUCGGUGCGGUACUGCAUGACAAACGCAAGGAAUCGUUACCCAUUCAUCAGCUGUUUUUCCCCGGUGGACCACAAACGUUGCGUGGUUUUGAGCUGGCUGGGGCCUGUCCACGGCGGGACGGCAUUGCGGCCGGUUGUCAAUCGUACUGGUCGACAGGAUUGCAUCUGUGGAGCCCGUUACCGUUCAACCAGUACUUUGGCGGUUUUGGCAAUCUGUUCCGGACGCAUGCGUUCUAUAAUAUAGGCACGUGCAAUACUUACACCACAGAUAAACUGCGUAGCACGGCCGGCAUCGGUAUUGCGUUCCGGAUGGGCCAGAAGGCGCGUAUCGAGUUCAACUACUGCCAACCGCUUUCGUAUGAAGCGGGCGAUCGAGUAGUGAAAGGAUUCCAGUUCGGUAUCGGUUACGAAUUCAUCUAGAAACAAACAAAUCUGCUUUCUUUCUUUGGUUUUAAACCAUGCCGGUCUUUCCUCUACUAUUGUUCUCAGCCAGAGCCUUUUUGUCCCGUUGCAUUUGUGUUCGUAUGUAUUUUAACGCAUUUUCGUCCUGAUAUGUCCACCACGCUGGCAUUGCCGUACCGCCCUACGAGUCAGUAUGUUUAAGUUAUGACACCACGAGUGAAUAGAUCAAUUUAAAAUGAAAUAUAAGGAAACAAGAUAAA